AGAUGGGCGGGGGAGGACGGACGAUAGCAGAGAUAAACCCACUUUUAAGGCAACAUUGGUGGGCAGGAAAACAAGGAGAACCCUCAGCUAGUCUUUGCUUGGCUUUCUUUUAUUUUCAUCACCGCAUUAACCAGAGGGAGGCCAACCCAAGAUGAACGGCGAGUCAGGUGCCGGGGUGGUGACGGCCCCCCCUCCCACCACAGCCCCACACAAGGAGCGCUACUUUGACCGUGUGGAUGAGAGCAGUCCUGAGUACCAGAGGGAGAGGAACAUGGCGCCUGACCUGCGGCAGGACUUCAAUAUGAUGGAGCAGAAAAAAAGGGUCUCUAUGAUCCUUCAGAGCCCAGCUUUUUGUGAAGAGCUGGAGACGAUGAUCCAGGAUCAGUUGAAGAAGGGGAAAACGCCCACCAGCCUGUUGGCUUUGCAGCAGAUCGCAGACUUCAUGACCACCAGCAUGCCUUCCAUGUAUCCAGCUGCACCACAGGGAGGCAUGGCAGCUCUCAACAUGAGUUUGGGGAUGGUGACGCCAGUCAACGAUCUGCGAGGCUCGGACUCCAUCUCCUACGACAAGGGCGAAAAGCUUCUCCGCUGCAAACUGGCUGCUUUUUAUCGGCUAGCUGACUUGUUUGGAUGGUCUGAGCUCAUCUACAACCACCUCACAGUAAGACUGCUUCCUGAUAUGCAGUAAAACAGAAUAUGUGUA